AUACAAGUCCGCUCAAUAUCGCUAUAUCAUUGACAUUUCUUGAUUGAAACAUUCUGCUCAAGUCUGCGUACAAAUCGCGAAACCAUCGAUAUGGCCGACCUGCACAAUUUCUCUUUACUCUCCCUGGUACUUCCAGACACGCACGUCCCGCUGCGUCGAAUCUUCACCCAAAAAAAUCCCGCCUGGCGCAAAGCCAAUCUGAAAGUCUGGGAUCCCGCCAAUCCAACCGAAUGUUUUCCUUUCACAGUCAAGUUGGACGCCAUGGAACCCACCCAACUCCUCGCAGAAGUCAAACACGACCCGGCCCUGGGAGCUGAUGGCAGCCUUUGGUAUAUUGGAGGCUCAAGUCCGGGCUACAAAUACACUCUUCAGAGCGGCUGGCAAACUCUAGACACUGUCAAUGGGAUCACGACGUUCCCGAUUACCGUCAUACCUCGAUCAGUUGGCCCAUGGGGGUUCAAGGAUUCCAUCUCUUUCCAGAUGAACACGACUGCAGGUCCCGGAUAUCCAGUCGCUCAAGUUAAUUUCGAGAUCUACGCUGUCGUGGAGGACAUCGCUCCUUACUACAUGAAAGACGGCAUCCCCAUCGACUUCCUGCAGCUCUUCGCCCUGCCGACCCCGGACAAGUCUUUGCAGACCAUGAAUGACUGGAUCCAAUGGGCUGUGAAAAGAUGCCACGCCUCAACCUUCGAUGAGACUCUGAAGAAACGCGACCCCACCACUGCCAACGACGCCAUACAUAGCUACCGAUACCACGUUUGGGCCGGGGCUUCCGCUUUUACCGCGAACGAAUCGACAUUCAAGCUGGACAGCUGGCUAGACAACCGGAUGGACCCCAAUCGCGUAUCUUUUGUCAACUGCUACGACCAGGCAGGGCUAGUCGACUGUGUGCUGAAUCUCGGUCUCCCCUACAAGCUCCGCGACCUGUCAGGCAAUAUCGUUCAGAAGAAGGGCUCCAACCCCGGAGAAAUGGUCGACGUGACUACGGUAGAUCGAUUUUGGAAGGGCACGUACGCCGACAGCUUCACGAAUCCAUUACGCUUCGGGUACAUCAACACGAAAGAUCUCGUCGGCUGGGGCGACGCUAAUAACCCCUUCUUUGGCAACUCCGACACCGCGGGAGCUGUAUACCUCCAAGACCAAAUAUUCGAUAAUGCCGUCCCACACGAUGGGCGGAAGAGGUGGAGCUUCCGCAACCACAAAUGGGCCUGUAUCCGCCGUAUCACGACUGGAUCGUCCUUCGACGAACUCGCAGCAGAUGCCUGUGCCGGGCCGGUGUUUCCGCCCACCACCGUCACUCAGUAUCUCAACGACGUGAUUGAUGCGGUCACAUCCAAAACUAUACUCGGUAACACUUGGGACCAAGACAAACACACCACGCUCGGACAGGUCGCUGAUUUCGAGCUCGACGUGGCCAUCUCGGGCUCGAUCGACAAGAUCAUGAGCGGACUCACUGACCAGGAGCGUGCUGACUCGACCUUACCAAUGGCGAUUCCGAUCAAGGACCUCCUGUCCGCGGUCGAAAGCACAGUGAAAGCUCUUCAGCCCUCGUGGACCUUCCUCACUAAACAGCAUCACGUAGAGACCGGACCAAAGCAUUCCGCCGUGACUUGGGACUUCCACCAGAAACUCUCCACCCCCAAGCCCGCUUUCAUUUCCGUGGCUAUCGAGAUCCUCGAAGAUAACCCUUCGGCGAUCAAGAAAGCGAAAGAGAAGGUAACGAUGCUAGAGCGGGAUCCAGAGGACAUCUUGACGGCUACGCCAGCCGAGGGGUAUCUGGCUGCGCUGCACCUCGUUAGUAAGGGAGGUAGCAACUUGAACGUGCUAGUCUAUGGUAAUGUUUUGAUUCAGCUGGAUGGGUGUGCGACGCCGGAGAACAUUGUUACUGUUUCGAAGGCUAUAGAUGAUUUUGUCAAGGCGCGCAAACCGGCAGAGCCGAAGGGAGUUGCGAAAGACGACGUUACGAUCGAGUUCCCGGAUACGGUCACUGUUGGGGACGUUUUUGAUAUCAAGAUCACGGUGAGUGGAGUAGAGCGAGGAAUUAAGGCGGUCAUGCUAAUCUGUUACAGUCACUUGAUGCGGUCGAUAUUGAUGUCGACUUAAACGACGAGAACCUCGUCCUUCUGCAAGAUCCCGAUCUCGAGGGAGGAAGUUCAGAUAUAUGGACGCUUCAGGCCCAAGCUGUCGGGACGGGUGCAGCGGAUGGUGAAGAUGGAGAGGCGUCUUUCACCGUCGCGUUCUCGGCUUCGGAGACCUAUUAUCCUUCCUCGUCGGUUUGGACGGUUGCUAUCAAGGCUAAGUAAUAGGCGAAGACGGCGGAUGCUUGGAGCGAUGCAG